GGUGCCGUCGUCACUCAUGGAAGGUCUGCCCACUUCCCGAUCCUCUUCUCCUCGACGUCAAGUGCUUGCUCGGAACUGUUGGCGACGCCGCCGCGAAGGGCUUCUCCAUUGUCGUCUGUGCUCGAUUUGUUGGUGCCCAUCUCUCACUGCGACGUGUCUCUCUGCUCGGCUGUGGAGUAUUCACCGCGCCGUCACCUUCUUUCCUCCCUCGCCGCCGACUGCUAAUUACAAGAGGGCUACUGAACUAGAAGACAUUAUACGUAGGAAGAAUUCGACGAUCUCAAAAUUAAAGAAGGAUUUGGCGGUUCUAGAACAAAAGGUUAUGCAGCUUACUAGAGAACGCCGAGCCUCCUUCACUGCUUUUUAUUUAAUAUUUAAUUAAACCGGUUGAACCCCGGUCGAACCAGUGAACUAUUGAACCAGUGACCUCACCGGUUUAUUGACCGGUCCGGUUCUCGCAACC